AGCACGAGGAAACAUCGCCGACCGGGACCCGUCGGUCGCACGCGGCAUAAUAUUUCGGAGUUUGGACCGGCAUUGGCUCUAGCGCUGUUUUAGCGCUUCCUUGCUACUGCUGGUACUGCGUUGCCCCGCGGGGGUUGCUUUUGACUCCCGCUUUUAAGAGUGUCACCGGUCCUCCUCGAUCUAGCGAUGUCAUUCUGUGUCCUCAGCUGAAGGCACACAACACCAUCGGCCAGUGGUCUGGGAUGUCUCUCUUGACUUGAUGCUUGAUAAAGAGUGAAAUACCCGGCGCAGUUGUUGUUAUUGUACAGUGUUUGUGUGACAAUUGAAUCCGGUGACAGUGAAGAGGGAGAGAGAGAGAGAAGUGUGUCGUAUAAAUCCCCCCACAGUGUGAAUGUCAAACACGUCGAGCAAUACGGAAGUGAUUCGCUUGCGGCAGCGGCUUUCUUGAAGAGCCACAUUACCAUCUCCUAUUUGUGCUGUGCUGCUCUUUGUGUGUCUGCUGUGUAUAUACUAUGUUGUCUGUUCCGUGAUCGUUCUAUCUCCUAUGACCUAACGUAACAACAACAGAGAAAAAAAGUAAAAGUUCGUCCGCGAGAUAAUUUCGUCGAGACACGAUCGCACGCAUCGCUACGAGGGAACUUUGACCAGGACCAGGACCAGGACCAGGACACAUCCAGAACACCGCACCGAACGGACCAACAACAUCACACGAACCCGCCGGCCGAUCAAGAUGAAGCAAAGAGGAGUGAUACUCGAUUGGCUGGUCCCGGUGUUGCUACUGUCCGCCGUUUUGCUUCUAUCGACGAGCGUGACGGAAGGCAAAGAUAACUAUUAUGACGCCCAGGACGAUGGAACUGACCAGUACGCGGAAGAUGACGAUUACGACGACUACACGUACGUUGAGGAUGGCGGUGCAAAACCGAUGCGCACCGAUCUCGCUGGUGCUGACAAGGAUAAAUCGACCGCUACAGGAGCAACCAGCACCACUACCACCAUCCUCUCGACCGUAUUUGGACAGAUUGGACGGCUAAAGGACGAACCGCUAGUGUCCAACAUCUUCGGUACGCUCGAGCCCUAUGAACCGAUCAUUAAUAACGUGGCAGAAGAUGGUCCCAAAGGUGUCCAGUAUGGCUGUCCGAGUGGGUGCAACUGUACCGAGGGAACAAAGAACCUGAACUGUUCCCACCGUGGACUGACCGACAUUCCGGUCGAGCUACCACCGAACGUGGUGCGGCUCGAUCUAUCACACAACAACCUGAAGGUGCUGAAUGUGGAGGCGCUUCAAAACUGUACCGAGCUGCAGGCACUGCUGCUUGCCGGUAACGUCGUCGAGCAGUUCGACAAGGAACUGCUCAUCAAGCUGAACCGGUUGGCCCUUUUGGAUCUUUCUUCCAAUCAAUUGUCACAUCUGGCGAGCGAUAGCUUCAGCGAGGUGGGCCACUCACUUCGGCAGCUGCAUCUCAGCAACAACCCAUUGGUGUUUCCCGAUAGUGGACCGUUUCUGGAGCUACCGGAGCUAGAAGAGCUCCAUCUGGCCGGCUGUAACCUUACCGAGCUGCCAGAGGAAACGUUUAGCGAACUUGCCGGCCUGGCGGUGCUCGAUCUUAAUGGCAAUCAGUUCGAUGAGGAAAUGAACGUGAACGUGUUCGAGCCACUGGCGAAUCUGAUAAAGCUGCGGCUUCCUAGCCUGUCGGAGGAUACGGUGCGCGAGCUGUGCGAGAAGCUGCCAAGGAUCGAUGUGAUCGAUAUAACGUCGUACAACAUUAGCUGCUUCUAUCUGGCAUCGGAUACCUCUUUCGAGGAUAGCAUAAUCGUUGAUGAACCUAAAACAGAGCAACCAAUUAGCACUACCAAAGAACCAACAAGCCCCCGGUCAACGAGUGUUUCUCCUAUGCCACAGAAAAAUGUGAAUCUGAUACGCCAGGACCUUAAAUCGGGUUCCACCAACACUGACCGAUCGGCCAGAGAGCCAGAGCAAAACGUGAAAGCCAACAGUAGCAUGACGAAAUCAUCCUCCUCCUCCUCCUCGGGGCCACCAUCGUCCGCCUCGAUUUUGCACGAGGGUGCUGACGCUUCUUCGUCCGUCGACGGUGAUGAUGAGCGGAUGGUCAAGACGUCAACCACCGGAACCAACAGCCAGAAGCAAGGUGAAGGCGGCGAUGGCACUAAUGAUGGCGAGCAGAAGCAGUCACUGCUCUCGUCCAUAUCAUCCGAAACGAUGAAACAGGCCCUGAUGGGCAUCAUCGGUGCAGCGGUGAUAGUGCUCAUCGUCGGGCUAAUCUGUCGGCGCACCGGCAUGAAGAGUAAACUGUGCGGUACGAAGCGACGACCGGCGCCAACCGAUCAGGUGCGCCCAGCGGAAGAAAUACCACUUAACAAGGUCUAGAAGAGCGAUGCGAGAGGAUGCUAAGAAACGAAAAUGGAAGGGAAGAGUGUGUGCGUGCGACUGCGGUCCAAGAAUUUGAGAGAAGCAUAAUGGCACAUCAUAAUGUAUCUGGACGGACUGAUCUCUGACUGAUACUCUCUCUCUCUCUCUCUCUCUCGCUCUUGCUCUCGUUCUUUGUCUUGGCGUAUCGUAGAGCCAAAUAUUGAGCGAUCGGUCCAAGACAAGGAUGUGCACGAUAAUGGCACUUCCGCCCACCACGAUCAUGCAUGUGAUAUUACUUAAAAAGUAUUAGGUAACACAUCCUCUUCACCAAUAAGUUUCCCCUCGGCUUUGACGGGAGGGGGACACUAAAAGGGCUGGAGUAGGAAGCGGUGUGGGGGACACAUCUAGAAUACGAACUUGCCCCAAAAUCCCCUUAGUUCCUCCAGCUUACACUAGAGAGUUACAUAUUUUGUUUUUCGUUUUUCGGUGUUCGGUGUGUGUUUGGUUCCCUUCACUGCCACUAAUUAUGUCGUCCCGUCUUUAAGUUAGUUUAACUAUUCGCUCGCUUUCGUCCUUCUGUUUGUAAAUAUUUGUAUGAAAAAAUCGUCAGUCAAUGGUGUAAAGAGAAACGAAUUCAGCUUUUCGUUUCCGUUAUCCUAGCCAGCGAUUAACAACCGGAAAGAGGAAGAAUUAAUUUACAAAACUAUAGCUUCACUAUGCGCUUUAUGAGCAAACGGAACACAUCACAGCACAGAGAUACAGCACUACAAGUAGUAGAAGACGAAUAAUUGCUAACAAUUGCUGAGACCUUGACAAAACGAAGAUGACAAGAAUAUCGCUUUGCAGGUGCCCAUUUUUUCACUUUUUCGAUGCACAAUCGCGAUGAGAUAGUAGGAUGAAAUGAUUUACUGGGAGUAACCAUGGGUUACACAACCCGUACACAAGAUAUAAUACUGAAUCCAGAUCCCAGUGCACAUGGGUGUCACCGAGGUGGUAAAAAAGCAAUGAGAUAAAGCAACCAAAUAUUAUCAACACUAGCAUUGUGUGUUUUAAGGAAUCGAAAACUAAAGCAACGGAAAGCCUUGAUCCAGAUCCAGAACACAAAAACAUCCCAUUAGCAGAUAGAAAGACGAGACGUGUGUAGCGCACGGGGAGAGAAAUCAUCUUUUUUCAUCGCAAGUGCACAUUUAGUCACCCAGACUAGACUACGCCGCUCAUUAAAAAGCGUUAAUGGGCGCGAAACUGAAACCUUGCCAGAAUCAUUGUACGUAGCAGAGCUAACGAUUAGCCCAUCAUGCAGCUAGUAAUAGUAGCAUUAGUAGUAGUAGCAGUAGUGGUUGUAGCAUUAGCAGGAACUUUUGCUAAGACACAUUUGUUUUCCAUGAAAAAAAAACGGAACUGGGCCUUCAUUUGUAAGUUAGUUGGUAUGAAGGGAAGAAGUGGUGCGAUGAAACAUAAUUCCAUGGAGCCUGGAUGCUCUGUGGCAACCAAAAUUAUAACUAACCGACAUCCUCAUACGCACACCAAUUCAAGAGUACAGAGAAAUGGCGAUGUGGGGUGGUAUGCAUUUACAGUAAUAAAAAGGAGAGAAAACAAAUUGCGUUUCAGUACACAAAUCCAAGCUG